CCGAGGGCGGAACCGGAGACGGGGUGCCCGGCGGUGGGAGCCCCCGGCGCGCAGGCGCAGCAGCGCGCGGGGAGCCCGCUUCCGGGCCGAGGUCGAGCCAGGAGGGCUUCCAGGAGGAGGAGGUGGUGAAGGAGGAGGAGCCUGCUGAGGGAUGCCCAAGAAGUUCCAGGGCGAGAACAGCAAGUCGGCAGCUGCCCGAGCACGGAGGGCUGAAGCCAAGGCAGCGGCUGAUGCCAAGAAACAGAAGGAGCUGGAAGAUGCUUACUGGAAGGAUGAGGACAAACACGUGAUGCGGAAGGAACAGCGCAAGGAGGAGAAGGAGAAGCGACGCCUGGAGCAGCUGGAGCGCAAGAAGGAGACGCAGCGCCUGCUGGAGGAGGAGGACUCACGACUCAAGGGCGGCAAGGCCCCGCGUGUGGCGCCCGCCAAGGUCACCCGCGCGCAGAUUGAGGACUCCCUGCGCCGAGAGCAGCGCCAGGAGCAGCGCCAGGAGCCUGUCGAGAAGGCCAAGAGCCACCUGGAGCUGCCGCUGGAGGAGAACCUGAACCGGCGCCUACAGGAGGAGGGCAGCGUGGAGGCGCGCACUGUAGAAGACGCCAUAGCGGUGCUCAGUGUGGCAGAGGACGCAGACCGGCACCCGGAGCGCCGCAUGCGUGCGGCCUUCACUGCAUUCGAAGAGGUGCAGCUGCCACGGUUGAAGCAGGAGAACCCCAACAUGCGGCUGUCGCAGCUGAAGCAGCUGCUGAAGAAGGAGUGGAUGCGCUCGCCAGACAACCCCAUGAACCAGCGGGUUCUGCCAUUCAACGCGCCCAAAUGACAGACCCCGCCAGAGUCCAGCUUAUCUGAGUCAGCUCAUCCCCCUCCAGCCAGGCCUGCCCAGGGGAUCCAUAGAGAUCCGGGCGUGGGGCCCUCCCGGCUGCGCCAUAAGUUACCCUCAACAACCCUGAGGGGCCCCGCUCUGAGCGACAUCCCAGCCCCUGUGUGCCCCGUGGAGCCCGGCUGAGCACCCGCCCAAUAAAGGCUGUGGCGAGGG